CCGGGAAGGGACAGCGGACAGCGGAGCGGCGCGUACAGCAAAUAUGGCAGACUAGUAACUUGCUCACGAAAGUGUAAUUUGAGCUGGAAGAAAGUACAGAAUAUUGUAUGGCAACAGAAAAAAGUAGUACAUAAGCGCACAUAUGAAGUCCGCCACACAGCAGCAAGUGUCUGAAACAUGGCGACGUGACAGUUUGUGAGAAAUCCACAUGGAGCAGAGGGGAGGACAAUCAUGUUUCUAAAUCGAAGGGUCGUAUAUUGUGCUGCUUCCGCAUCCCAAACUCAUCGCGGGUAAAGCACAAUGGGUUCAUGUGCAGUGGCAACAGUGCGUGUUGGUACGUCCUGUUUACUCCACCUCAUGGAAGCAUGAACGAAGUGUAUGGACUGUGAUCGUCUGCACUACAAUUCAUCAUGAGGAGCCGGAGAAACUCGGGCGUGCGGCUCGAUUACUACCAACGUUUGGUCUGCAAGACAAUAUUAGAGCACCAGGAUCCUGUCACGGGUCUUAUUCCAUCACACAAACAAGAGGAUCAUGCAUGGGUCCGCGACAAUGUCUACUCCAUCCUGGCAGUCUGGGCGUUAUCCAUGGCUUACAAAAAGAACGCAGAUCUUGAUGAAGAUAGGGCUAAGACUUAUGAGCUGGAACAGGCAUGUGUGAAAAUGAUGCGUGGACUCCUUAUGGCCAUGAUGCGUCAGAAGGAGAAGGUAGAGAAAUUCAAGCUAAGCCAGAGCCCUGCCGAUUCCCUCCAUGCCAAGUACAGCUCUCAGACUGCAGCUACGGUAGUUGGGGACAAACAGUGGGGUCAUCUGCAGUUAGAUGCCACUUCUCUCUACCUCCUCAUACUUGCUCAAAUGACAGCGUCAGGUAUCCAAAUCAUAUUCAACACGGAUGAAGUUGUGUUUGUUCAAAACUUAGUGUUUUAUAUUGAAGCCACCUACUGCAUACCAGACUAUGGAAUUUGGGAACGAGGAGAUAAGACAAACCAUGGCCUACCAGAACUUAAUUCUAGUUCCAUUGGAAUGGCCAAGGCAGCUCUUCAAGCAUUGGAUGACUUGGACCUAUUCGGUGGCAAGGGUGGCCCCUUUUCAGUAAUUCACGUCAUGGCUGACGAAGCCCAGAAAUGCAAUGCAGUACUACAGUCAAUGUUGCCUAGGGAGUCAAAUUCAAAGGAGCUGGAUGCUGCCCUGCUGUCGAUAAUAGGAUAUCCUGCGUUUGCUGUUGCUGAACCUGAGCUAAUCAAGCUGACUCGUGAUAGUAUUUUGGAUAAAUUAAGGGGCAACUACGGUUGCAAGAGGUUCCUGCGAGAUGGGCAUAAGACUGCAAAGGAGGACCCUAGUCGUCUGUACUAUGAGUCGUGGGAGCUCCAUUUGUUUGAAAACAUAGAGUGCGAAUGGCCAUUGUUUUUGUGCUACCUAGUCAUAGAUGCCUGCUUCAGAGGUGAACGGUUGGAGGUUGAAGAAUACUCAGAAGCCUUGGAUCAGCUUCUUGUGCGAACUGAGGAUGGCUUAAAACUAGUACCUGAGAUGUAUGCUGUUCCUCAUGACAAAGUUGAACUGGAAUACAAGCAUCCACACAGCCAGGCACGUGUUCAUGUUGGGAUGACGCCAUUCAUGUGGGCUCAGUCUUUGUUUAUCAUUGGGCGAUUGCUUCAAGAGGGUUUCAUUGUUCCUGGAGAAUUGGAUCCCUUGAACCGGCGGUUGGCUUCCGAAAAAAAGCCAGAUAUUGUUGUACAAGUGGUGGUGCUAGCUGAAGAUUGUGUGAUUCAGGAACGGCUGAUGCAUCAUGAAAUCUUUGUGCAAACCAUUCAUGAAGUGCCAGACUUCGAGGUUCUUCCUGCACGCGUCCUAGGGCGCAUUUACACGUACCUAGGAAGGAAUGCCAAACUAGGCCUGAACGGACGCCAGUCGAGAGACGUGGGAAUUCUUAGUACAAGUAAAAUGUACUUAUUCAAGGAUUCCCUCCUGGUGUUCACUCCUCAGUUUGUGGACCAGCACCGUUUCUACCUCGCUUCAGACACUGACUUAUUGAUGGACACAUUCAAGACGGAAGUGGCUUACCUAAAAACGGCAUGGCACAUGCUUGGGAGGCCCACUGUUGUCUUGCCUCUAUCUCAGGACUUGCUUCAGGAUGGAAAGAUCCCGUCAGAAGUGGUGGCCACAAUCAAAAAGCUCAAGAGCGGCUACACCACAGGAACAAGAGUGAUACUGGGUACGCUGGAAGAUUUUGUUAGUACAUCCUGCAUUACAAGCCUCAGCUUUGUUGGGAACCAAGAAUCUGGACAUCCUGAACGUGUACCUGGUGAGCUGAGGGAAUACUUGAACAGAGAAUUCAGCAAGAAGGAGCUCAGAAGGGAGUCCAUAUUCAUGAGAAGGCAGUCAGUUGUAGGAAGGAGGCCCUCUGUUGGUUGCCGUGGCAAACUGGGCAUAGCGGGUCUUGUGAGAAGGUCACGAUCCAUCUACGUCGACACGUUCCUCGCUGGCGAUCACCCAUCUACCCCCACUGACCUUCUGCACUCAUCAGGGUCUCACCCGGGCGAGCUGGAAAGCCCCUCACCUGCGUAUGACUCCGAUGAGGAGGAAGUAGUCUGUGGCCUUAUGGGAGACGGCGCUGCAAUAGGCCCAGGGCUCUCAGACCUGCAGCUUGAGAAUGUCUCCGAGACAGAGCUCCUCACGUUACUGAACGAAAGCGAUUCCCUAGAAGAACACGGGGAUAUUUUGCACUGCCUGGUACUUAACAAGGGAUUGAAAUGGGACACUGAGCUUGGAGAUGGCAACCGUGUAAUCACUGUCAGACAUUUGUUAAAGGACCUUUAUGAAAAGGCAUGUAAAGAGAAGAAAUGGAGUCUUGUAAGACAUGCCGCGGGCCUUCUGGGAAAGAAAGUGGAAGAUCUCGCAAAGGCUGUCACAGAUCUCCUGGUCAGACAAAAGCAAGUCACGAUCGGAAUGCCACCUCUGAAUGAGUACACCAUUACGCGACCCCAACCAUCGAAACAGCUGCGCAUAAUAAUUUACAAUGUCCACGGUGGUGAUAAGAGCGCCGCCAUGCUGACUCAAGUAAGGCUACCCCCUGUGGUGCAAAAGCUUCUUGCAUGUCUCACGGAGCUUUUGGUGUACCUAUCAAUGUUCAUACGUACAGAACCAGACCUCUUUCAUGAAAUGCUGCGACUUCGUGUUGGACUCAUCAUUCAGGUCAUGGUUUCGGAACUUGGCCGUUCUCUCAAGUGUACAGCUGAUGAAUCAUCAGAGUACCUCCUUAGCAUGAGUCCUUUUGAGAUGAAGACCCUUUUACACCACAUACUUAGUGGAAAGGAAUUCAUGAUGUGUAAUGAUGCCGCUGGUGUUGUUGCCAUUCAGGGAAGCAAGAUUAACAAGCAUGAAACAGGAAACGAGUUUGUCAAGUCAACAAAGCGGCAAGACGAAGUCUUUGAUCGCCAGGGGCAGUGGAUGCGCAGGAGACGCCUUGACGGUGCUUUAAAUCGGGUUCCCAGGGGGUUCUACCCGAAGGCGUGGUGUCUGCUGCAUCGUUGCACGGGGCUGUCGAUAGAGGGCAAAAUGUUGUCUCAGCAGCUGACUCGUGAGAUGACUUCUGGAGAGCUAAAGUUUGCACUCGAGUUCGAACACGUUCUCAACAGCAUCCCUCAACCGGAGUACCGUCAGCUGAUGGUGGAGGCCAUAAUGGUGCUGACACUGAUAGCUGAGCAUGAUGUUGUCCCCUUCAUAAACAAAGUGCUGAGUGUGGACACCUUGGUGCAGCAUGCCCAUCACAUAUUCCUACAGGAUCAGACAAACUGUAAUGGUGAUGCAACCCUUUGCUGUGCGUCUGAGGGCGUUGCCAAAGUAAGCUGCAACAAGGUUGCCAACAUCUGCCAGCAUUUUUAUGACAGUGCUCCAAGCGGAUGCUACGGCACCAUGACUUACCUUAUGUUGUGUGUUGCCUUCUGGUCUUUGGUACCCCAACACCCCUUCCUCUGUGCUUCUAUGUACAGUAUUCUGAGUAGUCAAGGUAAAAAAAUAUAUCAUAUAUGUACUAGACUCAUUUGAACGCAUCAGCUGUUGAGUGACGUAGUGGAAAGUAAAAGGCACUAUGUGUA